UCCCGGCGAAAUAAAGGUUUCACAUACACACAUCCUCUCUCUCUGUGUAACCCUCUCCCCCACUCUCUCUCUAGAUCUCCAUUUCCGAUUAAUCAACUCUUUCCUAGUGUGUCGGGCUCCAUUUCUUCCUUCAUUUUCAGGAAAUCUGGAUUUGUGGCCAUCGUUUCUUUGUUAGGGUUAGGGUUUUUUCGUCGAGACGCGUUCUUGUUUUCGUGGUCUCUCACUUUUUCUUUUUUUUUUUUUUAUCGAUGUGUGACUGAAGGAAGGAAUAGGAGCGAAGAACGCGUUGGAGAGAGUGUGAUUCAGGUCUUCUGAAGAAGAUCUGAAGGUUUCUGGGGGGUGAAAAUGAGCGCUUCGAGGUUCAUAAAGUGCGUCACCGUCGGUGACGGAGCUGUGGGUAAAACUUGUCUCUUGAUCUCCUAUACCAGCAACACUUUCCCCACGGAUUAUGUGCCGACUGUAUUUGACAAUUUCAGUGCAAAUGUGGUUGUCAACGGGAGUACUGUUAACCUAGGAUUGUGGGAUACUGCUGGACAGGAGGAUUACAAUAGAUUAAGACCUUUGAGUUAUCGUGGAGCGGAUGUUUUCAUUCUGGCAUUCUCUCUCAUUAGCAAGGCUAGCUAUGAAAAUGUUUCCAAGAAGUGGAUUCCUGAGUUGAAGCAUUAUGCCCCUGGCGUCCCCAUAGUUCUUGUUGGAACAAAACUAGAUCUACGGGACGAUAAGCAAUUCUUUGAAAACCAUCCUGGUGCUGUGCCUAUUACAACGUCUCAGGGAGAGGAGCUAAGGAAGCUGAUAGGGGCACCUUCUUAUAUUGAAUGUAGUUCAAAAACACAGGAGAAUGUGAAGUCUGUUUUUGAUGCUGCCAUCAAAGUUGUGCUCCAGCCACCGAAGAUAAAGAAAAAGAAGAGCAAGGCACAGAAGGCGUGUUCCAUAUUGUGAUGAAAGAACAGGUUCGACGGAUAAAUGCUAUCCAGCUGUUCUCAUCACAUUUAUCCCUUGUCCCUCUUUCUCCUCCCUUUGUCUAUAAGAGAGAGCAGGAGGUGGUCCUGGUAUGUAGUCAUUACCGACCGUUCUUAGGAUCUCUCUAAGAUGUAGCAAGGUGGCUUGUUAUCGUGUAUUGUUGUGAAUCUUGUGAUGUAAUUUUGUUUAGCAACACCAAUUUAGUUGUAGCCCACCUUACUGGUUUUAAUUGCUUUGCGUAUUUAAAACCAGAAGAUCCCAGUUUGAAAACAAGUUUGAAUUGUGACGAUGGUUUCAUAUUCAUUACUUUGUAUCUUGAUUCAAAACUUGGAGAUGUUUGUGAUGCAAUUGUAUCUUGAUUCAUUACUUGGACAUGUCUGAGGCGUAACCAGUCAAAAGAUUGUUUUUUUGUUUUGUUUUUCA